GAAUUUAUAGAAGUAUACAAAGGAGAUAGAACAUCAUGGGCUCAUGGCAUUGCAGCUGGGGAUAAAUAUGGCGGGAACUCUUGGCGCCAUAUCAGACGCUCUCUCUUUGGCGGCCAUUUUUAGACCUUAUAAACCCUACAACCGUCUCUAUUUUCAUCAGUUUCGACCUUCUCUGUUCAACUGCUCAUCUAAAUCAUCCUUCCUUCCACUUGUUUCAGCCAUGGCAGAAAACCUUAACGGCGGCCCUGAAAUCCAAGAACCGAAACGAAAGAUCCGGAAACUCGAGGAUCGGAGUGGAAACGAACUCCCCAUUUUCAAAGUGAAGAAGCUAUCGGAGAAAGCCGUUUUGCCUUCCAGAGGUUCAUCUCUUGCUGCUGGUUACGAUCUUUCAAGUGCAACCGAAACAAAAGUACCAGCAAGGGGUAAAGCACUGGUUCCCACAGAUCUAAGCAUAGCAGUGCCAGAAGGAACAUAUGCUCGAAUCGCUCCGAGAUCGGGUCUGACAUGGAAGCAUUCAAUCGAUGUUGGGGCAGGUGUGAUUGAUGCAGACUACCGUGGUCCGGUUGGGGUGAUUUUGUUCAACCAUUCUGAUGCUGAUUUUGAAGUGAAAUGCGGUGAUCGAAUUGCACAAUUGAUCAUCGAGAAGAUCAUCACUCCUGAAGUGAUGGAGGUUGAUGAUCUGGAUUCAACAGAAAGGGGUGCAGGUGGGUUUGGAUCAACUGGCGUUUGAUACUUGAUCCAAUCCAAGUAAGUUAUGUAUUAGGAAAUAUGGCAUUGAGAUUUUGGUAUUGUCUACAAACCCUUUUGAUUGUCCCAUGAAAAUAGGAUCUAAUGAAGCAAUUGAUGCCUGAUUACAACC